GCCGUUCUCCCUUGUGUCAGUACCUGCCCAUGUAAAAAUUCCCUCCCCAGCUUCCUUGUAGCCCCCUUCACGUACUGGGAGGUUGUUAUAAGGUCUCUGUGGGGCCUUCACUUCAGUUGUCACGUCAGAAGAAAGGGAUAUCAUCCAGAAGGACCUGGAUAAGCUUGACAAAUAAGUCUGUGCGAACCUCAUGAGGUUCAAUGAGACCAAGUAUAUAGUCUUGCACCUAGGUUGGGACAAUCCCAAUUUCAGUACAGGAUGAGGGAUGAUGUGAUUGAGAGCAGCCCUGCAGAGAAGGACUUAGAGGUGCUGAUUGAUGAUAAGAUCAACAUGAGCCAGCAAUGUGCGCUCACAGCCCAGCAGACCAACCGUAUCCUGGACUGCAUUAAAGGAAGCAUGGCCAGGAGGUCCAGAGAGGUGAUUGUCCCCUUCCAUUCCUCUCUUGUGAGACCUGCUUUGGAGUAUUGUGUCCGGUUCUGGGAUCCUCAGCUUAAGAAAGAUGUGAAACUUAGAACAGGUCCAGAGGAGGGCCAUGAAAAUGAUCAGAGGGCUGGAGCACCUCCCAUACAAGGACAGGCUGAGAGAGUUGGGCUUGUUUAGCCUGCAGGAGAGAAGGAUCCGAGAAGAUCGUAUAGCAACCUUCCAGUACCUGAAAGUGGCUACAAGAAAGUUGGAGAGGGACUAUUCAUUAAGCAUUGAUGCGUUAAUGUCUUCUGAUAAAGAAGAGGACCCAGAUGUUAUCCCUGAAGACACCAGUCUGCUAACUCUUCGAAUUCGAAAGAAGGCAUUAGAGAGGAGAGAAGAAACCAUUAUUGUGGAUCGGGCUUGCAGACAAGAAACGCUUGCUUAUGAAAUGGAGUCACAUGCAAUUGGAAGGAGGCCAGACAAUCCAACAGAUCUAGUUGAGGAGGGAGAACUACUUUUAACUCUGAACGUCUUCUAUCCUGUCAUAUUUCAGAAGCAUAAGGAUCAUAAGCCCUAUCAAACAGUCCUUGUACUGGGCAGCCAGGAGCUUACCGAGCUGAGAGACUCAAUUUCCUGUGUCAGUGACCUUCAGAUAGGUGGUGAGUUCAGCAAUCAGCCAGAUCAAGCACCGGACCACAUCAGCAAGGAUCUCUACAAAUCUGCUUUCUUUUAUUUUGAAGGCAUUUUUUAUAACGAUAGAAGAUACUCAGAGUGCAGAGAUCUGAGCAGAACGAUUAUUGAGUGGUCAGAAUCUCAUGACAGAGGCUACGGAAAUCUGCAGUCUGUUAAAAUGGAGGACUACACAUUUAAUGAUUUGACCUUGAAAAUUGGGUUUCCUUACCUUUUCUGCCACCAAGGGAACUGUGAACACAUCAUUAUUGUUACAGAUAUAAGGCUAAUUCACCAUGAUGACUGCCUGGACAGGACCCUCUAUCCGUUGCUAAUCAAGAAACACUGGUUAUGUACCAGAAAAUGCUUUGUGUGCAAAAUGUAUACGGCCAGGUGGGUAACCAACAAAGACAGUCUGGCACCAGAGGACCCUUGUUUUUUCUGUGAUGUUUGUUUUCGGAUGCUCCAUUAUGAUGCGGAAGGCAAUAAACUAGGGGAGUUUCUUGCAUAUCCUUAUGUGGAUCCUGGGAUUUUCAACUGAAACUGACAUUGAAUGAAUUCAACGAACUACCGUAUUGAAUCUGUUGCUCUGGCUGUCACGGCCAGCAAACAGCUUGAGUUUCAUCGUUCUGCUGGGUUUUGGGUUAAGCUUUUAGUUCUCUCCCCUGAGGUGGAAUGAGCCCUUUGCACCUGAAGUCUUUCAGGUGUGCUUUUCUAAGUAGGUAUGAUUUUUAAAAGAUAAGUUACAAUGGGAAAAUAUGCUCAGACAUCUACUUAAUUUUAAUUAGUUGCAUUUUUAAUACACUUCAGCAACAAUAUAGCAGUUUGAAGACUAUGGACUUUAAAGAGACAAUACCUUGCAAAAACAGCCUUAAUUUUGAGAAGUUCUGUGCAUCUAAGGCUCUGUUAACCUCAAAGGAUGAUAAUAUGGGCUUUGGCCAUUUUACCUUGAAAACUCUGGCAGUUGUCAUUUCUCGACAAGGGUGGGUAGCACUGAAUUUGUGGGGAGGAGAUUACUUUCUGAGAGAGAAGCUGAGAGUGGUUAUUAACUUCAAAGCUCUUUCCUGCAGACAGGAGUGUUUGCAUUUGUGAGCUACUGCUGUCCUUGUGUUCUGACUCUGAGGGCUGAUUCCAUGAAGAGUAAACUACAUUUCACCAUUUCACCAAUUACUGAAUUGUAGCGUGCUUUUCAAAUGACUUUGUUAACUGUUUACACUGCUUGCAGUUUUAAAUGUUCCUAAAGUGGAGUUCAUUGUGCAAUUCUUUUUUAAAUAUCAUUCUGUUAUUUUAAGUGUUGUUAGUUUUUAUUAAAGCAUGACAAAUUUGUACUUGCUAGUCUGAUGUGAAGUUGAAACUCUGACAAGGUAGAAUAUACUUAUUUAGCGCCUUGCUUUUUGAAAGUCAUAGAAUCAUAGAAUGGUUUGAGUUGAAAGGGACCUUAAAGAUUAUCCAGUUCCAACCCCCUGCCAUGGGCAGGGACAUCCCACUGGAUCAGGCUGCCCAAGGCCCCAUCCAACCUGGCCUUGAACACCUCCAGGAAUGGGGCAGCCACAACUUCCCUGGGCAACCUGUGCCUGUGCCUCACACCCUCAUGGUAAAGAAAUUCUUCCUUAUGUCUAGUCUAAAUCUGCCCCUCUCCAGUUUAUACCCACUCCCCCUCAUCCUAUCACUACAAGCCUUUGUAAACAGUCUCUCCCCAGCUUUCCUGUAGCCCCUUCAGGUACUGGAAGGUUGCUAAAAGGUCUCCUUGGAGCCUUCUCUUCUCCAGGCCAAACAACCCCAACCCUCUCAGCCUGUCCUUUUAUGGAAGGUGCUCCAGCUCUCUGAUCAUCUUUGUAGCCCUCCUCUGGACCCAUUCCAAGAGUUUGACAUCCUCCUCGUGUUGAGGAUUCCAAAAUUGGACACAGUACUCCAGGUGCCAUCUCACAGGAGUGGAAUAGAGGGGCAGAAUCAACUCCCUCGCCCUGCUGGCCACACUUCUUUUGAUGCAGCCCAGGAUAGAGUUGGCCUUCUGGGCUGUGAGUGCACAUUGCUGGCUCAUGUUGGCAAUCAGCAUCAGUCAUCAGGGAUUCAGAGGAUUUUAGUGGAAAUCUUUGCUGUUUAACAAAGCUAGUAGCAGUAACUGGUUUUUCUUUUGAAAGCUUCAGCUAGUUCUCAAGAAAAGCCAAGUUCUGCUUGGUGUAAAAGACAGACAGCUCUGAUAGCUUGCAUACAAUGUACUUGACAAAUUCUCUGUUCAGGUCCUCUGGCUGCAGAUUCCGCAAGUCCUUGCUUUAUUGAAAUAAAAGUGUCUCGUGCGUUUGCAGGACUCCAUUCUUCACUCACGUUUGACUGCUUUCUGGUGGUGUAUUAGGUCACGUAAACUUAAAUCUCUGCUUAUUUAGGACAAAAAAAAAGUUGGAUUUUUUUUGGUCUAGUAAAGUCAGCCAGCUGUUAUCCUGCGUACUCUGAAAACACAGUAGUGAAGCAAGCACAUAUAACCAGGGGUGGUGGUAGUUGUCUUAUCCUUCAGGAACCUGCAGCAGAAGGAGCACCAUGGCCAUCACAACUAUCACCAGUUAAACUGCUGGGGCUGGACUGGUUUGUAACAGCUUUGUUAACAUCUUUACAGAAGUGCUUUUGAGGGUGAAAGUGGAAGUUGUUUCUUAAGGCAAUAAAGUACAUUUCAUGAGUGGCUGUAUGUAGGAAUAUGCAAAUUCUAGUGUGCAUUAACUGUCUGUAUUUGGAAACUGAAUGAGAACGCCCUUGGCUGAGCAUCUAGCUGCAUGGCCAUGUUGGUCUCCCCCCUUAACUGCAGUCUGCUGUGAAAUGCUAGAGAUUGCCGAAACACCAGAUCUGUGGAGGUCAAAUAUAAUGACCAUCUACCAAGGACAUUUUCAUUCUGGGAGCCAUGCGCUAUUGAUCUUUCAGGUUUAAUUUGAGCUACUGCCCUCAAGAUUUGAAAGCUAUUAUAACGCCUUCCAUUUCAUUGCCCAGGUACAUACUCAUUACACACAUGCAGAACUCUGCAAGCCAUUUUAGCAUUUUGGUUUGUAACUACUUGCAUGUUUUUUACCUUUGGGGUGUGGGAGGAGAUUGCCGUACUCAAAAAUCUUAGGUAUAUUGCUGCAAACUAAACUUUAUGUGCCAAGUUUUAACUUCCAGUGAUCAUGUAAGUGGACUCUGCUUUGUAAAUAAAGGCUUCAA